UGAAAAGUAGUUCAAAUAAGAACAUCUUGAUAGUUUUGAUUUUGAAGGACCACAUUAGAGCUACUUAAAUCAUCUAGAACGUCACAACCACAACAACUGCAUAUCUCAUGAUUGCUUCUUCGAAUCGCCGCGAGCCACCUACGGGUGGACUGGCACACCCGUUGUAGCGCUGCUCUCACGAGCCGCACAUUGUUGACGGUACUAGCAGGGAGCGGCCGCGAUAAGGAAGUUAGUAGCCCCGUUGUGUGAAUCGAUUCGCGACUCACAUAUCUUCAAGUCUAAACCAAAAUAAACUGCAAAGCGAAACCUGAGGAUAUCGAAUCAAGAUGGCACUCGAAGAUAUCCUGAAACUAUCUUCCCAGUCGGCUCCGUCCGGCAUGGACGCGGCAGCAGCAAUGUCAGGCGCGGCGGGAGGCGCCACGGCCUCCUCAGGGCCUAGCUUCUCGGAAAAAGAAGGCGAUUUUGAGACGAUGGUAGCGGACUUAAGAGUUAAGAUUCGAGGCAAACCAUCUUUCGUUUCCCUUGGCCUUGUGACGAACAAUACUAAUAAUAUAGACCUCCAAAAUAUAAUACUUGUCGUACCCUCGUUUGACGACUGACCUCGCGAGAGCGGGCAUAGUCUUUGAGGCACGACGAGCAGUGACACGGUCACGUCCGCUAGACUCGGACUGCCGCGCCUCGCCAAUUAAUUAAUUGAUUAAUUAAUUAAUUAAUUAAUUUCCCAACAAGUAUUAUAUUUUGGAGGCCUUUAUUAGUACAGUUCGUCACAAGGCCAAGGGGAACAAAAGGUAAAGGGGCACCAAGAUUGAUGCUCAGCAAGAUGGAUCCAUCAGGGAAGCUCUAAAAGAUGAGUCUUUAUGGGCUGGCUUAGACGGUCAGAAAGGCAAGUACAGGAUGCACGAGCCGAACUAGCCAAUGCGAAAAAGGAGUUCGAAGAUGAAAAAUCAAGGGUGUGGAAGGAAUUCAUGAAGGAAAAACAAAAUGAGUACUUCUCCUUUCACUUCUGUCUUGAAUUUUGAAGAAGUACCAGAACAAAACCAAAUAUGUACUAGACUUUCUAUUGACGUAGUUGAUCUUGAUCUUGUACACAUGAGGAUAUGAAGAUGGGAACCCUCGUGAUCGUAUGAUCUCGUUUCAUAAAUCAAAACAUAUACCGCCCCAGAUACGACAAGCUCCAAGCAGAACGGCGGAAGAACGAGGCGGAAAUAGCAGCGGCAAUCAAACAAGUGGCAGUGGAGAGGGAAGACGCUAGAACGAAGAUAGCGGAAGAGCGUGCAAAGCUAGAGGAUGAUAGGGAAAAAAAUAGGAGGCGGCUCGCACUUGAACGGGAACGGCUACGACAAGAAGCAGAAGUCUUCGAGGAAGAAAGAGAAAGAAUAAAGGACCAGGUAAUUGAAUCAGCUUGAAUUCGCAUUCGGAAAUGAAUCAUCCUCGACGGAUUUUACAACAACAAACUUUCACGGCAUCUUCUGACAACUCAUCCUUCGCCUUCUGCAUCAAGGUGUGCUAAAACCCCCACAGGUUCUUGCAUCCGAAGAAAUAGUGGAUUUGAACGUCGGAGGUGUGACAUUCGAAACUUCCAAAGCUACGCUUUGCAAACAGCCUGGAAGCUAUUUGGACGCGCUCUUAUCGGGUAGGGAGCAUGUUGGACGCGAUAGGAACGGCAGGAUAUUCAUCGAUAGGGAUUCGGAAAGGUAUCCUGUACCUGGAGUCUUUUUCUUCAUUAGAUGAUUGCUGGACAACAUUCUGCCUCAAAGUAAGUAAAUCCCUAAUCCUCCUGCGAGGUCUGGUAAGCCUCCUCAAGAACUUUCCUUGACUAAACUCUACUUUCCCACCAGCUUCCGCACAAUUCUGAAUUAUCUUCGCGGCUCCACCGACUCUGCAGUUCCUUUGCCUAGUAGUGCACAGGAAUCAGACUCCUUAGUGCGAGAAGCAAACUUCUAUGGAGUGCGGUUCUUCCCUUACCCGCUUGUUUUCGCAGCGGGAGGUCACAACGGGUACGAACAUUUAUCGGCAAUGGAAGUUUUAGAUGUCGGAAAUCAGUGCUGGCGACCCUGCAGGGCAAUGCGCACAGAAAGGACAUACUUUGCGGUAAUCUACUCAUUAGUCCAUAGCCAUACUCUUUCAGCUCUCCACCCUCGACAUUCACAUCCACUUCUUUGUCUUGAUGAAUCUCUCCUGAAAUUAUAAAUAAAUUAUAAAUAGUACGAACAUUUUUCUUUUGAUAAACCCUAUCGAUGCCAAGCUGCACACUCGUCACCCACCAGUCUUCAACGCUUUCCGCCAAACUGUACUUGAUGGGUGGCCAGAACCUCGAAUACAAAGCUCUGAAUGAAGUUGAGGUCUACGACUGUCUCAGAGAUGCCUGGAUGCCGGGACCACCACUCAAUGUGCCCCGAAGAAAUGCUACAGCUAGCAGUGUUGACGGUAGGAUAUACGUCAUGGGUGGCUUUGACGGUGCGCAAAUCCUUAGUGGAGUCGAAUGCUACGAUCCUAGGAUGAAAAGCUGGAUGACCUGUGAUCCGAUGCUCACACCGAGAAGCAGUCCCGCGUCGUGUGUGCAUGGGGGGAAAAUAUUUGUGCUGGGAGGUAAAUUGAGAUUGAUGAUGGGUCGUGGUCUUUGGGAAAUAAUUAAAGGGUUCAUUUUGUAGAAGAAAAGCGGAACCAGAACUACAGGUGUCGACCUUUAUGGACGGAAUUGUUCUCCCUCCAUGUGUUUGUGAGUCGACCUAAGAGAAUAUCGAUUUUCUUUUUCCACCAACAGCACCAUCAUCAUCAGCCCUUAAACCUUCAGGCACCAGCGGCAAACGGCUGAAGACCGUCGAAUUCUUUGAGCCUAAAAUGAAUAGAUGGAGCGCUUUUGACGUUGAUAUGAUUGACGUUAGAAGCGCAGGACAAGCCGUCACAUGCAUGUCGCAGAUCUACUCCCUCGGAGGAACCGAUAAUUCGCAGACGAUACAUUAUUCGGUACCACGGAAUGUCUAAGAACGCAUUCUGCUGAAGUCGAUUGUCAUGUACAUGAUAAUUGCCGUUCUUGGGUUAAUCUCUUCUGCCUUCACCAAAAUGAAAUUCAAGUUCUUUCCCACAACACGCACUAUCAUGUUCAGGUCGAGUCCCUCGAUCAAGAGACUGUCACGUGGAUGUACAAUAAGAGCAUGCAAGUUUCAAGGAUGGACUUCGCGGCCACCGUUAUUUCAGAUAGCAUUAUGGUCGGUGGCGGACAAAGCGGAGACAUUUUGGCCAGCACAGAGUACUACUAAUAACUUAUUUUUGUUUUUAUUUUCAUCGUUCAAAUUUAGGACAAAGAUAAAUCUGCUAUUUCCCCGUCGUACACUCAACCUCGAGCUUUUUUCAUCUUCUUCCUGAGUUCUCGAUCUCGUCUAGGUGGUCUCAUGAGCUUCAACAUUAUCUCGAUCAGGUUCUACCGCCCAGAACUCGAUACAUGGCAGGUUGGCCCUAGUAUGUUGACGCCGCGUUACGGGCACCAGUACCUCACUGUCACACUCUAGUGGUGGUAGUGGGUGUCUGUGGUCCACAGUAUCCCUAUCCCUAUAAUUGUUUAUGUGUAACUCUAAGGCCUGCUUGGCCACUUGUUAAUCUUAAUAUAUCUUGACGACUUAUCGCAGUUUUCCUCUUUCCAUGAAUAUCAAGAUCAAGGUCAACGUCUUCACCAGGAUCAUCUUCACGUUCACUGGUAUCUUCUACAAAAUACACUUAUGCAUCGAUGUCGCUCGAGUUUUUUUUUUAUUUUUGAGGAUAGCAAUUUCAUAGUAAUCAACGGGAAGUUGAAGUUCGCUGCGGUUGCAAUGAACCAACAGAACGUGAGCCCCAAGGGUCGUGAUUUAUUAUUAUUUUACCGUAUCAUUAUAAGAGCUACGUACUUAUUAAAACAACAGCACGCGUGAUGAUAAGAUGCUGACCUGCACGAUCAUAAUUAAUUAUGGACGAACUUAGUUACGCAGUACAUCGUUCACAACGCACACUCUUUUUUGUCUAACGAAGGAAACUGCUACUGAGUUGUUUUCUUCAGCAAGUCAUUGUCAUUUCUUUAGCGAUCACGUAUCCAUUUCCACUGUCUGCUUACCCGCGUCGUGACGGUGAGCGUGAGAUCACGUCUUAGCAGCUCUGAGGGAGUUGAAGCAAAACUUUGUUCUAUGCGUAGCAGACGUCCAUUCGACUUGACGGUCUAACAGGAUCUUUGAAGAACAAGUUCCUGUAUGGCAUGGCUGCCUCUGCUUGUUGACUCGGAAGCAGCGAUCUUUACUUUUAUUCGGUCAUCAAAAAAAGUCUCGUAAACAUCUACAUGCGGUUCUAGAAGAGUGUACUAACUUUCCCAGGG